AUGGAUCCUCUUAUUAGAAAGAAAGUAGUUUUUAUUGGUGAUGCUACAGUUGGGAAAACUUCUUUAAUAUCAAGAUUUAUGUAUGAUGAAUUUUAUAAUAAUUAUAAUGUUACUAUUGGAACUGAUUUCCAUUCUAAAAUUAUAACUACAAAUCAAAAACUACGUCUUAGACUUCAAUUACUUGAUAUUGGUAGUUCAAUAAAAUAUCAUUCAAUUAUAUCAUCAUAUGUUAGUAAUGUUAAUGUUUGUGUUUUAGUUUAUGACAUUACAAAUCAAGAAAGUUUUAUUAAUGUGCAACAAUGGUUUAAAGAAUUACAAGAAAUAGCAAUAACAAGAAAAAUUCAAUUUUAUCUUGUUGGAAAUAAAAUUGAUUUAUCUUCUCAAGAAAGUGUUCCAAUUGUACAAGCUAAGUCAUUUGCUGAUAGUAAUAAUAUGAAAUUUAUUUGUACAAGUGCAUUAUCAUCUAUGAAUAUUUCAUCAUUAUUUUCAAUGAUUUCUGAUGGAAUAAUUGAUAAUGAAUUAGUGCAACAAGGACUAGAUGCAGAAAUGUUUGAAGAAGAAAAGAGAUGGAGAUGUUUUAUUUCUUCAUGUUCAUUUUUCAAUUUUUAA